UUUGCUGCCAAAACUAAAAGCAAAAACAAAAAAACAAUCACACAUGGCGGAUACACAGGAAAAACGGCAAAGCAACUGUUGCAAACUGCGCCUUGCUUUUGUUCGAUUUCUUCGACUCGGCUGUCGACUGUCAGUUUGGUGAAUUUACACAAUAGUAAACAUAAAUUAUUUUUUCGGUAGCAAGUUUAGGCAAAUAAAUAGAAAUAAACAUUAAACAACAAGGAGAGCAGCAACAAAUACCGUACCACGGGAGCAACAAGGACAAGGACACAAAACAAGACACCCACGCGCAGGCCAGAGAGGGACGGCACCACACACACAAACCGCUGCAAUUAUUUUGUUUUUGUCGUCCCGAGCAGAGCGAGAGAGAGCGUGCGAAGGAGCAGGAGCCAGUGCGAGUGCGAGCGAGAGCAACGAUGGAUCGCUACGACAUGGAGGACGUCGUGGUGGCGCCCCCUGCCGAGUGCAGUUCGCCGCUCAAGGAGUGGCGCCUCAAGCGCCAGGCGGGCACACUAGCCCGCUCCGACUUCAUCGAGUUCUUCAAGCGCGAGUCGCCCAAGUACUUCGACUACCAGACCGGCGGCACCGAGACAGAUACUAAUGCGCUAACUCUCAAGUGCAUGUUCAAGGAGGCGCUGGCCAAGGAGGAGAUCAUCGAUGUGCUCGUGGAAUUCAUGCUGGGCGACAACCCCGCCUCCGCACUGGAGAAGCUCCGGCUGGAGGGCAACACGGCCACCGUCUGCGGCAGGGUCUUCAAGAACGGGGAGCCCACCUACAGCUGCCGCGAGUGCGGCGUCGAUCCCACCUGCGUGCUCUGCGUCAACUGCUUCAAGCGCUCGGCGCAUCGCUUCCACAAGUACAAGAUGUCCACCUCCGGCGGCGGCGGCUGCUGCGACUGCGGCGACGACGAGGCCUGGAAGAAGGAUCACUACUGCCAGCUGCAUCUGGCGAAUCGCAAGAACCCGCUGGAGAGCAAGAUCCUGACCGACGCGGUGCUGGAACGGGCGGAAAUCUGCUUCGGGGCGAUCCUCGCCUUCUGCGUGAACUACUUGGAGAUCGAGCCGAACGCCAGCCUGCAGUGCCUGGACGGGAACGUGGAGGGCGGCCAGGUGGAUGGGGCGCAGUACUGCACGGUGCUCUACAACGACGAGUCGCACACGUUCGACCAGGUGAUCCAGACGCUGACCAAGAUCGCCAAGUGCAAGCACAAGGACGCCAUGGAGAUCGUGGCGGCGAUCGACCGCGAGGGUCGGGCGGUGGUCAAGUGCGAUACCUUUAAGGAGUGCAACGACCUAAAGUCAGCCAUUGAAAACCAGAUGAUCCCGGCGUCCGCCCUGCUGUCAAACACGCGCAACAACCAGUCGCUGAGGACGUCGGUGCUGCACAUCGGGGCCGUGGCCUGCCAGCAGUUCGCACUGCAGCUGCUCGGCUGGUUCCAGGAGUUCCUGGUGCGCCACUACCUCUUCCGGAAGACGUUCGCCGAGCUGGUGCAGCGCAAGCAGGAAGCCUUCUGCAUCCGGCACAUCCUCGAGUACGACGUGAAGCUGUGGAAGACGGCGCGCACCUGCUGGCACCGCCUCCUCAUCUCCGGCAUGCUGAUGGAGUACGACAACAAGAUGGUCCUGGCCCAGGAGUUCUCACGCCGCUACGCCACCAUCGUGGAGGACUUCAUCAGCGACGACCACGACCACGCCUUCUCGAUAGUAUCCCUCAGCGUCCAGCUCUUCACGGUGCCCAGCAUCGCCCAUCACCUGAUCGCACACGAGGGCAUCUUCGACAAGCUGCUGCACACGUUCUAUCACGUGGCCAUCGAGAAGUUCAUCGUGAACAAGACGCUGCACUUCAGCAAGAACAUCGCCAGCCUGACCUUCUUCAAGAGGGCCAACUACAUCCUCUACGACCUGCGGUAUCUGCUCAGCCUCAAGCCGGAGGUGCUCAACGACGAUCUCAGGAGCGGCUUCCUAGAAGGUUGCCGUGCUCUGAUGCGCGUGCUCAACGUGAUGCAGGGCAUGGAGUCGAUCACCAGGCAGACGGGUCAGCACAUGGACUACGAGCCGGAGUGGGAGUGCGCCUUCAACCUGCACAUCAAGCUGGCCACGACCAUUUCACAGGUCAUCGAGUGGGCGUCCAGCGAUGUGAAGCUGUUGCGCAAGCUCUACAAGAUGACGGUGCGGUCGCUGGUGAGCAACAGCUUCAUCGUGGGCGGCGAGAAGGCGGAGGCGAGGAGUGUGGCCGGCCACGUGGCCAGCUGCCUGAUAUACGAUGUGUCGGUGAAACCGGUGUCCAUCCACCUGCCUCUGUCCCGCUUCUACGCCGGCAUCUAUCUGCACCUGGGUGCCCACGAUAUGACCUACGACAGCCUGCAGGCCGAAACGGAUGCGCUGAGCAUAAAGCUGACGCCCAGGGAGAUCAUCGAACCGGUCCUCUGCACGCAUGCCAUGAUCGCCCAGGUGGCCGCGGGCAUGUGGCGCCGCAACGGCUACUCCCUGCUGCACCAGCUCUACUUCUACCGGAACGUCCGUUGCCGCGUGGAGAUGCUGGACAGGGACAUAGUCUGCCUGCAGAUUGGAGCAUCGCUAAUGGAGAGCAACGAGUUCCUCAUCCAUGUGUUGAACAAGUUCAAUCUAAUUUCCUGGGCGCAUUCAAACUACGAGAAAGGGCUGUUGGAUAAUCCCGUGGACGAUGAGUUCAUGCGACAGCUGUCGAUGAUUGACGAGUUCCUGGAACUGCUGAUCGUGAUCAUCGGCGAGCGCUGGAUGCCGGGCGUUUCGAUGGUGACCGAGGAGGAUCGCCUGCGCAAGGAGAUCAUCCAGCUGCUGUGCACCAAGUCCUACUCGCAUUCAGAGCUGAGUCGGGCCUUGCCGGACGGCAACAGCGGGAAUAGCGACAACAUCUUCGAGGACGUUAUCAACACGGUGGCCGUGUUCAAGAAGCCCGUGGGCGCCGAAAGCAAGGGGGUUUACGAGCUGAAGGAGCACUUGUUUGACGAAUUUAACGUCUACUUCUAUCACUACACCAAGGAGGACAAGUCCAAGGCCGAGGAGCUGCAGCGGGAGCGGCGCAAGGCCAAGAAGGAGCUCGUCUGCUGCCCACCGCCGAUGCUGCCGCAGCUAACACCAGCCUUCACAUCCAUGGCCAACAUCCUGCAGUGCAACGUGUUCCUCAACACUUGCACCUUGAUUAUGGAACGGGCACUGGAUGUCGGCAGUCGCUCCUUCACCGAAUCACAUCUCCAGAAGAUCCUGCACUUGCUGGGCUUCGCCAUUCAGGAGGAGCUGAGCGAGCAUUAUCCUUUCUUGAGCUUCUACGAGCGUUCCCAGAAGUACGGCAUCUUGGAGAAGUUAGAGGAGCUCGCCCGCUGUCCCAGGUUGGAGGCCCAUCGCGACUUUGUUGUGUGGACCAUCAAGCGGUACAAGGAGCUGCAGGCCAAGCAGGCACCCAGUGACGGCGGAGCAGGACCCAGUGGCUUGCAGCAGGGCGCCGGGGAGGAGCAGCCCCUGAGUUCCGAGGAGCAGGCGCGCCAGGAGAAGGAGAUACGCGCUCGUUUGGCGGCCGAACGCCGGGCCAAGAUCAUGGCGCAGAUGCAGAGUGCCCAGAAGUCGUUCAUGAAGAGCAAUGCGGAGAUGUUCGCGGCCACCGACAAGGAGUCGCGAGAUGAGGCUGCAGCCACUGGUACCAUGGAGUGGGAGGACAUAUCGGACGAGGAGGAGCAGGGGGCAGUGGCCCUGAAGCCGAACGUGGCGUGCUUGGGACCGGAGCGCAAAUUCUACCAGGGCGGCGAGGACAAGUUUAAGUGCAUCCUGUGCUUCGAAAACUGCGCCAUCAGCCGGAGCGGUCCGCCGUUGGUCAGCUCUGCCUUCGUCCAGACCUCUCGGGUGAUCUUCACCACGCCCAAUACGCGUGCCGGCCAGAGCGCCCUGCACAUAAGUUGCUGCGGCCAUGUGAUGCACCACAGCUGCUGGCAGGAGUACUACAGCAACGAGGAGUCCAAGGAGCAGCGUCGACCGCACCGCAAUCGCGUGGCCCUAAGUCAGACAAACAACGUGGAGUUCCACUGUCCGUAUUGCCGGACUCUGAGCAACACUGUGCUGCCGGUGACCGAGGCGUUGCCUGCUUUCUCUACGCCUCCGGCGGCCACCGAUAGCUAUCUGCCGCUGGACAGCUUUGUGGAGAUCAUGCACACACUGGCCGCCGAACUGAGAGCCAUAAAGGACGAGGAAAUGUGCCAGCUCCCGAGUGUGUCCAGCGUCCUGCGCAAGUCCGGUGUGGUCGCGGACAUGGCGCAGUUCGAGCGGAGCGUGCAGCUGAUCAAGGAUCCUCCCAAGCUGCAUGACAACUACAGCGAUGUGAUGGCCUUCUUAAGCAAGGCCCUACUGAACGCCAUGCAGAGCCAGCAGCCGCACCAGAAGGAAGGCCUGGACGCCGAUAGCAUUGAGCUGGUGCCCAUGCUGUGGGACACGUGCAGCUACACGCUGCAGGCCCUGGAGAUCUAUCUGUUUGAGGUCCAGAAGCCGCUGAAGGCCGAGCUACCGAUGCGCCACCAGAGCUGUGCCACCAACUUGGUGAGAGCGUGCUCGCGCUUCUCGGCUGCCAACACGACGGGCGAUCCGUCGGUUCCGCCGCCGUCGCUGCGCUUCCAGGCGGAGUUCGCCGCCCGUCUGUUGGACACCAUCUUUAAUCAGAAGGGAACCAGUGUGCUCGAGUGGGAUUCCUUCCGCGUGCUAGUGCCGUUCCAGUUCGGUGUGCUCAAUCUGAUGACCGCCGACAAUGCCGCUCAAACCAUCAUACCCAGCGGCAGUAUGUUCGACUUUUACAUCCUGCAAAUUAUGUUCCUGGCGCACAUGACCAAGGCGGUCCUCUGCUUUGAUGUGGACAAGGAGCAGGCCAAACGAGCAGAAGAAACGCCCCACGCCAAUCAAUCGACAUGUGACUACUUGGAACAGUUGCCGGACAGGGUUCGCGACAACAUGGUGGCCUUCUAUCGCCGCUACAACAUCCCUGCAAGAGUGUUGCAGAAGAACAUGCAGAAGCAGCUGGCGGAGGAGCUGAAGGAUGGGAAUCAGCAGCAGGAGCAGACUGUGGUGAUACCGUGCGAACUGCAUCACUUGGCCCUUCUGCUCGAGUACGUGCAGCGUCAGAUGAGCUCGUUCCUGCGCUGCGCCUGCCUGUUCUAUCGCUGUCUCACCGACGUGGACUUCCCGGACACGUUUCCCACAGACCAGCCGGAUCGCUUUGACCUGAUGUGCCAGUACUUGGGCCUGGACCCUCAGCUGGGCGUGUACUUUGACAUGGAGACGGUCUACGCUACGAUGAUGCACUCGUUCGCCUCGCACCCGGACAUAGCCCGUGAGGUGGAGCAGCGCUGCCAGCCGGAGGCUCGUCGGUCCUUGAUGUUGGAGCCCUGCCUGCGCCCGCUGCCGCGCUUGAAGCAGCUGUUCGACGACUACAGCGAUCUGAUCAACAGUGUGUCCGACAUUUUCUGUCCGAACAACGAGCGCGAGGAGAUGAAGACGCCGACGAUGUGUCUGAUCUGCGGGUCGAUCCUGUGCGGUCAGUCCUACUGCUGCCAGCCGGAGCUGGGCAAGUUGUCAGUGGGUGCGUGCACCCAUCACGCUCACGCCUGCGGCGCCGAGGUCGGGAUCUUCCUGCGCAUCCGCGACUGUCAGGUCGUCUACCUGGGCCGGGGCAAGGGAUGCUUCGUCCAGCCACCGUACCUGGACGAGUACGGCGAGACGGAUCAGGGCCUGAGGCGUGGAAACCCACUGCGACUGUGCCAGGCAGCCUACAGCAGGAUCUUCCUGCAGUGGCUGGGCCAUGGGCUGCACGAGGAGAUCGCCCGGUUGAACGACAACACCAAUGUAACGGUCACGCAGUGGCAUCACAUGUAGUCCUCCGCAGACACUGAGGAGGGAGCAGAGGGCAGGCAGCGAACAGGCAAUGGCGGCAGUCAAUGUGAUUAUUACAUACUAACAUUAGAAGAGCCUAUUUAUACGUCUAAGCAUUUUACUACUUAUCCGUUUUGGAAGAAGCGCCCAACCACCCUCCAGCCAAUCACCCAACCCGCACCACCAUCCAUCACACUCACCUGCACCGACCGCGUACGCGCCACCUUCCCCCAAUCCUGUCCAACGGCACCUAACCGGCAAUUGUAACGAUUGUUUAAUUUUCUUCUUAUUAAUUAAUAUUAACAAAUUAUAUUAUUUUUUUGAGCUAACGUUAGAAUACUUGUUGAUAGUUUGAGCGGCCCAGUGCGCUCCUCUAGUUAUAUAUAUAUAUAUAAUAUCAUAUGCUAACUAUAUAACGACUAGGUUAGACUUUUGCCAGCACUUCAAAUGUCGCAGCAGCUAAAGGAAGAAGAAUGCGUUAAAAUAAAAGCGAAAAUCUGUAUGCCCUGCUCUCUCUCACUCUGGCUCGCGCGGCCCCACUUGAUGUAUAUAUAGUCCCGAUCUUUGAGUGCCGAUCCUAACCGUGUUGAGGUCCUACUUUUGGCGUUUGUUGAUUUGUACAUUUAGUUAGUGUAAAAAUAUUGAUACCGAUUAAGAGUAUGUCCGAAAUUUGUUGUCCUCCAUCCAGCAGAGGUUUAGAUUCGUAGUCACCAACCAAACACCACACCCACAACCCAGCUCCCCUCCGCCCACCACCACCACGCACCCACUCACUCGCUUUCUCUUUCAGAACCCUGCUUUUGUACCCCAUCUCAUUCUUGCCCAGGAAACGCAGUAAAGUUAGUCAAAUCAUGUUUACUUGAUCAAUAUACUUAACACCCCUAUACGACUAUAUAUUUACAUAAUAGCAAGCGUAUAUAUAUAUAUUAUAGAUACAUAACACGCAUAUUUCUUUUUAUGUAUUGUACAACAAACAACAAAAUCGACUAUGUAUGUGAAGUUCAAGCAAAAAGAAAAAAUGUUCUCGGAAAAGUAAAUCUACAAAAUGAAACAGCAAAAAAAGAAACAGAAAUAAAAUGCAAAGUUUGCAAAAUUUUAGUGAUAUUCAAGAA